AUGGCCACGAGAAUGGACCCCCAAAACGGUGAGGGCAAGAAGCCGUGGCGACAAGCCGCCACCAUUCUGCGGGAGAUGAUCAGCGACCCGGACAAAAUCGUCGUGUGCCCGGGCGUGUAUGACGGCUACACGGCGCGGAUCGCGCUGGACAUGGGCUUCGACGCGCUGUACAUGACAGGGGCGGGGACAGCGGCGUGUCGCGUGGGCGCGCCGGACCUGGGCAUCAUCAACAUGGUCGAGAUGGCGGCUAACGCGAGCAUGAUCGCCGGGUUGGACUGGCGGGUGCCUGUGAUCGCGGACGCUGACACUGGGUUUGGCUCGUCACUCUCCGCCGCCCGCACGGCCAAGACGUACAUCGAGGGUAACGUCGCCGCGUUGCACAUCGAGGACCAGGCGUUCGUCAAGCGCUGCGGCCAUCUGCGUAAUAAAGAACUCGUGUCACUGGAAACAUACCUGACGCGAAUCCGCGCCGCGAGCAUGGCGCGUGAAGCCUCGGGCCGCGACCUCAUCAUUAUCGCGCGCACCGACUCGCUGCAGUCGCUAGGAUACGACGAGGCGAUCCGGCGGCUGAAGGCGGCACACGAGGCCGGUGCAGAUGUCGCGUUCUUCGAAGGGCUAGUGUCCAAAGAGCAAGCGCGCCAGGCCGUGAAAGACCUGCACCCGAUCCCGUGCCUGCUGAACAUCGUGCACGGUGGGGUCACGCCCGUGAUCAGCGCGCAGGAGGCGAAAGACAUGGGCUUCAAGAUCGUCAUCUGGUCCAUCCUCUCCCUGUCCGAGGUCUACAACUCGACCCGCCGCGCGAUGAAGGAGCUGCGCGACACGGGCAUUGUGACUGAGCGCGAGGACAAGGCUGGAGGGAUCUACGAUAUCUUUAGGGUCGUCGGCAUCAAUGAGGCCGCUGAAUUUGAUGCGAAAGCUGGAGGUGUCACUCUCAAAGGCGGGUUUUGA